CAUCCUCCACCCUUUAACCAUGCCCCGCACCAAUAAGAGAUGCCUUCAAUCCGUCUCCGCCGCCAGCCGUGCCACAGCGUCCUGAGCAAUCAGGAACCGCUUUGCACACUUCACCUCCCAGAUGCCGAGAAGCUGGUCAGUUGACUGCUCGCAUCUCAAAACACUGUGGUGAAGACUGCUCCCACCGGCUGAGUAUGUGGCAACUGCCUAUCUUAAGGUCCUCUUAUCACUACGGAAUUGAAGCAUUCAUUAUAAAUAAGUCGAGUUGUGAGUUCCUCAUCAUGCAGUCAAGAAGCUGUCUCUUCGAAGCAGCACCAGUUUGCAUCAGCUGUAUCUUUUCAACGUUUCUCCUCUUCCCCAUAAUACUUCUUGUCCUACUUUCUCUUCCCAUCUGAAGUUUCAUCGAUACUCUACUCUUACGUCUACUUCAACUUCAACCAGCCAUGAAGCUAUCCAGUCUCACUGUGGCUGCGGCCCUUAUCCUGGCCGCGAACUCCUUCGUUAUCCCUCGUCAGGAGUCUUGCACCACGGAGAACGACUGCGAAGGCGACCUUUACUGCAAGAAUGGCGUUUGCACCGCUCUUGGCCAACCAGGAGACCAGUGCGAUACGAACGACGAUUGCGAUGGCGAAACUCCUUGCAUAAACGGCGUCUGCGGGACCGGCGAAGAAGAUCCUAACACCUUACAGCCCGAAGGCGGGUCCUGUUCGGCUGAUGAAGAGUGCGAGGGCGAUCUCGCCUGCUUGGGCGGUAUCUGCACGGCCCUACAACCCGAGGGCGGCCCAUGUACAGCGAACGAGGAAUGCGAGGGCGAACUCUCCUGUCAGUCCGGUGUUUGCGCCACAGAGGGAGAGGAUCCCAAUACCGUCCAGCCUGAAGGCGGUCCCUGCUCGGCCGAUGAAGAGUGCGAAGGCGAACUGGCUUGCUUAAGCAACAUCUGCACAGCCCUACAGCCGGAAGGGGGUCCAUGCACGGCAAACGAGGAAUGUGAGGGCGAACUCUCCUGUCAAGCCGGUAUUUGCACCGCGGAAGGCGAAGAUCCGGGUACUACGGGCCAAGAAGGAGACCCAUGUACGACGAACGAAGAGUGUGAGGGCGAUCUGAUCUGCACAGCCGGAAUUUGCGCCCAGGGUGAUCCCAAUACUUUGGGAGGAGAAGGAGACCUGUGCUUCGCUGACGAAGAGUGCCAACCAGGCCUGACCUGCGUCAACAACUUGUGUGCAGCGGGGGCUUCCGGUUACGAUUUCAGGGUUCUUUUCCCCGGCGCAACCUCCGUCUACCAUGUCGACAGCGGCGCCAUCGAGUUCAACACUGGCCACGGUCUUGUCUCCAAGACCCAAGGCUCCGGGGCGGACACCAGCGCCCUCGUAACUUUCGCCUUCCCAGCCGAUGUCGCGAACAAGCAAUGCGAGUUCUUCCUCGAGCUAGACAACGCUGCCUUGCACCUCGUCUACGCAUCUGGCAGUCAGAAAGUGGACGUCUUCUCAAGCUUGUAUCCCGCCGCAGAAGAUAGAAAUGAAUGGGGUCCGGGAAAUGGACGCAAUCAGCAUAUGGGCAGGAUGAACGUUGUUGACGGCGGGUUCUCGACGGCUGAAUGGGGUCUCACGUUCCCGUGUCCGGCUAGCCAGACGUUGGGCUAUGAGGUCGUCGCAACGGGCGAUUCGCAGCAUGUUGAAUGGUGGGAGCCUGCGGAUGGAUUGAGGGUGAAGGUGCUGGAGUAAAGCGAUGUCUUUAGGUCCUUUGAGCGGCUAAGUGUCGGCGGAACACUGGCUUCUAAAUUGGCAUUCGCUUCGUUAGCGCUUCGUUUGUAAUGUAUUUCAUUGCAGAAUUCGAUUUUGCUCCGAUAUGUAUGGUUCUCCGCUAUGUUAAACUUGCGCGACGUGCGUAUCGAG